AUCCUUGAUUCUUGAUUUCCUUUUCGUUUUCUUUCUUUAAAUCACAUUUACACAGUCCAAAAACCCAAUUGUUCAUUCUCCAUCGCCCCAAAUUUUAGCAGUAUUCCAGUUUCUUCAGUCAUAGGAAAAAAAGUACAGUAAUCAUUGAGGAAAAGAGAGCUGAAAUUAUCUGUUUAUCAUCAUAUAAGAUACCCAAUACUCGGUUGCUUUUGUUGGUACUUAGCCCUUUUUUAUUUGCAUUUGGCAGACACAUUUCUUUUUCGACAUUAUGUUGUAAUUCUUGAGGUCCAGUUUCUACUAAUUGAGAAUGACGCUUAUGUAAUUACUUGUGUUCCUUGUAUCAACAUGUGGAGUUUUGCAUCCAAAUGCAUUGCUGGAACUGUUGGACUGAAAAAUGAUUCACUAAAGCAAACUCGCGCAUCAUCGGAAUGUUCUGACGAUGAAAGUUCUUCCAUAGUUAGCAGGGAUGAAGUUCUAGACUGCCCAAUAUGCUGUGAAUCCUUCAACAUCGUUGAAAAUGUGCCAUAUGUUUUAUGGUGCGGUCACACCCUUUGUAAAAACUGCAUUCUGGGACUUCAAUGGGCUGUGGUGAAAUUCCCUACCCUGCCGGUCCAACUUCCACUUUUCAUCUCCUGCCCUUGGUGCAAUCUCUUGUCAUUUCGUCUGGUUUAUCGGGGAAAUCUCAAGUUCCCUCGGAAGAACUAUUUUCUACUUUGGAUGGUCGAGAGCAUGAAUGGUGAUAGACUUAAGUUUCAUUCUUCAUUUGCCGAAGAUCGUCAGCUGGACUUAUCAACAAACAACAAUAUGCAUGCAGGAAUCCAAAUGACUCGGAGUAACCAUCGAAGGGGACCAUAUCAUCAUCAUUCUGAGCCAUUAGGAUCAACAAACAAUCGUAAUAUUCUUGCUGAUUACUUCAAUUUGGAAAGAAUACAGUCAACCCUUCGGAAGUGUCUGGCGUUCUUCGUACAUCUGACUGCCAAGUUCCCGUUAAUCAUCUUGUUUCUCUUGAUCAUCCUGUAUGCAGUGCCGGCCAGUGCUGCCAUCUUGGCCCUGUACAUACUCGUAACCAUUCUCUUUGGUCUCCCUUCACUUCUCAUCUUGUACUUUGCUUAUCCGAGUUUAGACUGGCUUGUGAAAGAGAUCAUCACUUGAGAUGGUGUCUGUUUCAUGCUCAUAAAGCAUCAUGAUUGUUAGUUCACACCUACAUUGUGCCGUAUCUUUACUCGGAGACCGGUAAAUGUCGAAAUCUCAAAUUCGACGACUUCACAAUAUCCCUAGAUUAUGUGGGUUCUUCUUCAAGCUCUCAAUAACUUGUGACAGGUUUUUCUCCCAUUUUGAAACAUUUGAUUUUAUUUCAUUUCAACAUGGGUAGGAUUGUUUUGAUUCUUAUUUCCGGGAUUUGCUUGUCGGAAAACACCAUCUGGAGUUCCGAGACAUGGAAAAAAACUCAGUGUUUAACAGGGCUCUUAGGCAUAUGCUUGUUCUACUUUUUGAUAUGAGUGAAAGCAAUCAAGGAUGAA